AUGGGUGGCCUGGGGGGGGGGGGGAACAGGGGCGGCUUCCUAGCCCUCCUGGUCUGGCUUCAGCUUCUUCAACCUCUGUUCAGUGGCACUUACAAACCCAGGGAGGAUUCCGGAGGGAUACACAGGCCCCCGAGGCCCCCGAGGCCCCGGAGGCCCCGGAGUAAUCCAGAGGCCCCAGCACAGCAGAGCCUAUUGAAACCCCCGAGUAUUUCUAUUUCGCAUCCUUCGGUCGUUCCGGUGUCUCUAGACCAGACUGAGACUCCAGAAUCAGGGCCUCCUUCAACCACCACAACCAAAAUAAUCUUGGAAUCCAGGAGGAGCUCUCCAGGAGGACCGUUUUCUCCAGACACUUGCGGCCAUAGAACUAUGGAGAUAAAUCAUGGAAGUUUAUCUGCAGGGAGGAAGUGGCCUUGGCAGGGGAGCCUGCAGAGUAAAGAUGAACAUGUAUGUGGAGGCUCCCUCAUCAGCCAUCAACGGGUGUUGACUGCAGCCCACUGCAUAUAUGAGCGGGAGAAGUAUAUGGCCAUGCUGAGUGACAACGCGUUGCAUUCUGAAUCUGAAAAUGUGACCCUGGUCCCAGUCCGAGACGUCAUUUACCCUUCUGACUUUGACAUUCAGACCAUGAGGAGUGACAUCGCCCUUGCUCUGCUCUACUUCCCCGUGAAUUACUCCUCGCUCAUCCAGCCCAUGUGUCUUCCCGGAAAGCCCUUCCAAGAGCCAUUGCUCAGAGAGUGUCCAAGUUUUCAUAGGAGCUUUUCACAGGGAGAUUCUGGGAACCCCCUUGUGUGUGAAUCUGACAACACAUGGACCCAGGUGGGGAUCAUGAGCUGGGGCAGCAGCUGCGGUCAAGUCCCUGUGCCCUCAAUUUACACUGACAUCACUGAGUACAAUCAAUGGGUCAGAUAUGUUUUAAGUCAGGCUUCCCAUAUGGAUUCCAUGGGAGUCUUGGUCCUAUACCUGUCUCUGAUGCUACACCUGGCCCUCCUGGUAGCUCUGUGA